UGACUUACUUUAGUUUCAUUAUUUUCUCUUGUUUAUUACCCCCCCCAUCAUCUUGUAAAGGAAUUUGGUGCGACACUGUCGCAAAAAAUUAGUUUGCAGAUUGAAAGCCGAUACACCCCUCCCCACCUCGACGUUUAAAGAGAAGCUUCAUUUCAACGUGUGGAGAGUUAUUGAUGAUCAGGAAGACAAUGAGGGAGAAGUUUCCCCAAACAACAACGGCAGCAGCUUUUUAAAAAAAAAGAAAGAAAGAAAGAGAGAGAGAGAGGGAGAGAGCGAUCUGUCCCUAGGCUAGAGCCGGGGGUUUCGCUCUUUUACUCCCAAAGUUUAAAGUCAAGCUCGCUGGAGUCAUUGACCCCGGGAGGGGAGUUAGCUGUAGGCCGACAUCCCGGGUUCCCGCCGCUAUAUCACCGCCAGCCAUCAUCAUCAUCAUCAUCAUCAUCAUUCUUAUUUAUGAUUAUUAUUUAUUAUUGUGGCUUUUUGCCAUUUUAUUCUCUGCGCCGAGGUGCACGAACCUCGCGAUAGUAUUUGCACAAACGAUGCGUGACGCUUAACUGAUGCGAAGGUGACGGGGCCACUUGGAGACGCACUGCAGAGUAGCUUGAUGAGUGUCCAAAGUAACAGUGGAAGUGGUGGAAGUUUGGAGGGGACGCCAUCUUGGUCCCAGUUCUCCACGUCCCCAACGCCGGGAGCUUUGCAGACUAAUACGGCACCUGUAAAGGCUAAAGAAGGUACAAUGGAAGAGCUUCAUAGCCUUGAUCCUCGACGGCAGGAAUUGCUGGAAGCAAGGUUUACAGGAGGUGUGAGUACUGGGAGUGGAAGUGGAAGCACAGGAGCAAAAGCUUUAACAAAUAAUGAAUGUUCUAACCACAGUUUUGGAAGUCUUGGAUCAUUAAGUGACAAAGAGUCAGAGACUCCAGAAAAGAAACAACCUGACUCUGCAAGAGGAAGAAAACGCAAAGCAGAUAACCAGAGUGAUAAUAGCCAAGGUAAAGCGGGUGGAAGAGGACAUAAAAUUAGUGACUAUUUUGAUUACACAGGUGGUAAUGGUACUAGUCCAGUAAGAGGUGUACCACCUUCAAUUCGAUCUCCUCAGAACUCCUUUUCUCAUUCUGCUACUUCAUCUGUUCGGCAGAAUAGUCCAUCCCCUACUGCACUGGCUUUUGCAGACCUUUCUGUUUUACAACCAAAACUAAUUUCUGUCUCCUGCAAGACUACUCAGACUGAACUCACCAUGGGAAAAUUGGCUGCUCUUGAAAGCAAUAAGAAUCUGGACCUUGAGAAGAAAGAAGGCAGAAUAGAUGACUUACUGAGAGCCAACUGUGAUCUAAGAAGACAAAUAGAUGAACAGCAAAAACUGCUUGAAAAGUACAAGGAACGACUAAACAAGUGUAUGACGAUGAGCAAAAAGUUAUUGAUUGAGAAGAGUAAACAGGAGAAGCAAUCUAGCAGAGAGAAGAGUAUGCAGGAUAGGCUACGGCUGGGGCAUUUCACAACAGUACGACACGGUGCUUCAUUCACUGAGCAAUGGACUGAUGGCUAUGCAUUUCAGAAUCUUGUAAAACAACAGGAAUGGAUAAAUCAACAGAGGGAAGAAAUAGAAAGACAAAGAAAGUUGCUGGCAAAGAGAAAGCCGCCUCCAACUCAAAAUUUGCAGACUCCAGCAGCAAACUCUGAGCUAAAACAGCGGAAAACAAAAGCUGUCAAUGGUGCUGAAAAUGAUCCUUUUGUUAGACCAAACCUUCCACAGUUGUUGACAAUAGCAGAAUAUCAUGAACAGGAAGAAAUCUUCAAACUUAGAUUAGGACAUCUUAAGAAGGAAGAAGCUGAAAUUCAAGCAGAGCUUGAACGCCUGGAGAGAGUCCGAAAUCUGCAUAUACGUGAGCUUAAAAGAAUAAAUAAUGAAGAUAGUUCACAAUUCAAAGAUCAUCCUACAUUGAAUGAUAGAUAUUUAUUGCUACACUUACUUGGACGUGGUGGCUUCAGUGAAGUAUAUAAGGCUUUUGAUUUGAUUGAACAGCGGUAUGCAGCAGUGAAGAUCCAUCAAUUAAACAAAAAUUGGAGGGAAGAAAAGAAGGAAAACUAUCACAAGCAUGCAUGUAGAGAAUACAGAAUACACAAAGAACUGGAUCAUCCCAGGAUAGUUAAGUUGUAUGACUAUUUCUCCCUGGAUACAGAUACAUUUUGUACAGUGUUAGAAUACUGUGAAGGAAAUGAUUUAGACUUCUAUCUGAAGCAGCACAAAUUGAUGUCUGAAAAGGAAGCAAGAUCCAUUGUAAUGCAGAUUGCAAAUGCUUUGAGGUAUCUAAAUGAGAUCAAACCGCCAAUUAUACAUUACGAUCUAAAGCCUGGUAAUAUCCUUUUGGUUGAUGGAACUGCAUGUGGAGAAAUAAAAAUAACUGAUUUUGGCUUAUCUAAAAUUAUGGAUGACGAUAAUUAUAAUGCUGUAGAUGGAAUGGAUCUGACAUCUCAAGGAGCUGGAACAUACUGGUAUUUGCCUCCUGAGUGUUUUGUUGUAGGAAAAGAACCACCCAAAAUUUCUAACAAAGUGGAUGUCUGGUCUGUAGGUGUUAUCUUUUUCCAAUGUCUCUAUGGUCGUAAGCCAUUUGGCCACAAUCAGUCACAGCAAGACAUCUUACAGGAGAAUACAAUAUUAAAAGCUACUGAAGUCCAGUUCCCUGUUAAACCAGUUGUUAGCAAUGAAGCAAAGGCUUUCAUUAGGCGUUGUCUAGCUUACCGUAAAGAAGAUCGUUUUGAUGUCCAUCUGCUGGCUAAUGAUGCCUACCUUCUCCCUCAUAUGCGCCGGUCCAAUUCUUCAGGAAACCUUCAUAUGCCUGGACCAGCCACAAUUCCUGUUUCACCCAUGUCAAGCAUAGUUUCUUAUUAAGAUUUACUUUAGUCAGAGUGACAAUUCUUAUCGAACUUCUUUCAAGGUUGAUUUGCAGUUGGAUGUCAUAACUUGUGGCCAGCUGGGCGACAUGAGAUGAAAGGGGGGGGGCAGUGAAAUGAUUGAAAGGCACCAGUUGUUAAAUCGUUUGAUUUAUUUCAAGUAGAGUUUGAACCAUGGACAACAAUCAGCUGCACUUGUUACAAAAUUACUGUAGACCAUAAAGCUCAGUACUCCCAUCAGGCAGCCUUUCUGUUCAGAACUGUUCAUCCUCUCCUGCUUUUUUGGGAACACUGUAUAUAGUAGCCUAAUGAGUCACUUUGGAACUAUUUUUUAAUAUAAUACUUAUUUUGUUUAAAAUAAGGCCAGAACAAAUGAUUUUAGCACAAAGAAAUACAACAGCCCGCCCAGAUAAAAUUAUGUGAAGAGAGAUUGUAGUAGCCCUCGUAAAACCUGACAGUGCACAAACCAUUUGCAUAUUGAAGCUACUAUGAACAGCUGGUGUAUUUAUAGGUCAAACUGUAGAAUGUACUGUGCAGGACAAUAGUAAGAUAGCAUUGUUUUAUAUUGUUGUAAAUGAUUUCAUUAUACUUGUUCUUAAGUUACAGUUUGAUUCUGUACAGGCUGUAUUAUAAUCUGGCUUUAUUUGUUUGGUUUUCUUUAAUGGGAACUCUUAUUCCAAUAAUGGAGCUUUUGCCAUUGCUGCUAGAUUGCAUUGGUGUUUUCGUUAUAACAUGGCCUUCAUACCUUAUUCACACAACUGAAGUGUCUAAAGGCUUAAUUUGUGUUAAUUAAGACCAUUUUAAGCAAGUUUUGUAGUUUUGAGGAAUAGGUCAUUUUACUAAUAAGCCCUGACCUGUUUGACAAAAUAAUUCGAGUGGUUUUCAAAUAUUUUGGAAGAAAAAAAAUGAAAAUGCAAAUGAGAUCACAUGUUUGCAGGAUUAUUGAUUUCUUCUGUGUAGAUAUGAUGUGAAACAUUAAAUUCUGAACAGUUGCCUUGUGCUGUACAAAUUACAACCAUUUUCAGUAAUACAAAAUCUUGCUGUUUAGUACAAUUUACUGCUUGUUUUAACAUCCAUACUAUAGAAUACCUGUAUGUAAUUAGUACACUUGGAAACAAAACAAAAUUGGUUCAUCUAGGCAUUGUUAAUGUUGUAUAAUUAAGCUGUUGCCUGUGUUGCUGUUGUUAAGAGCGACUGUUUUCACUGUAAAUAAAAUGUUAUCUGUCAAUAAAACGGUGCUGCUGAUACUGUAGAGAGUGUAGCCAAAACCAGUAAUAAACAUUCAAAAUUAUAUUUCAUUCAGGUAACUUUGUCAAAGAAAAUGUAUAUUUUAAGCAUCAUGCACACAAUUAAAUUUAUCUCCAUCUGUUCUGGAAAAACUAUAUGCUUAGCGUGCUAUGAAUUCUUAUUAUAUGGUGAUAAAGCACACGGUAGCAAUUUCUGGUUUCUGUUGUGCCUCCAAAUUAUGAUAGAUCAGUUUUUCCCACUUUGCUCAACUCCAUUUUUACUUCUAAGAUGGAAUAAGGCCAUCAGUUUUUCUGGUGUAGAUUAGAUCAUAGUUAGAAAAGAUUGUUAUUUUAUGAAUGUAUUUACUGCUGAGUCAGCCAGUCCUUGGUGUUUUUUUAAUAUAAUGCUUGCUAUAAACAACAGUGAUAACCCUCAAGGAAAGAGUCACAACAAAAU